GGGCACCGCGAGAAGUGACAACACAUUCUGUUUUUGUUUACAAAACUUUGAAAUUAAAUUUUUAUGAUUUUUCUUUGCGGUUGCCAGUGGAUGUUUAAUAAUUUAUUAUUGUAAUUGUAAUUAACCGGUUUUUUGUGAGCCUUGGUUUGAUGCGCGAUGCAGUACGGUCGCAAGUGUCUGUUGUGCAAAAACACUCGGAAACGGGAACCCAGCUGCCGGUUGUUCAAAUUCCCCGCCCGGGGCAGUCCGAUGUGGCAUCGUUGGCUAGAGGCGUGCGGUCUCCGUGAGUCGGAUAUGAACGCCCGCUCACGGGAACCGCCUAGACUGUGUCAGCUUCACUUUCAGAAGAAAGAUUUUCUCACCCGUCAGCUGACGGGAAUGGCGGUCCCGUCAGUGUUCCCGGCCACCGUCUACACGGAAGUCGCGGAUGUUGGCAGCCAAAGAUGGUUGGUUCAGGGAGAAGCGCCAACGAAGGGGGUAAGUAACGAAAUUUUGCAACUGGAUCCACAGGAGGAAGUUUUCGACAGUGUGAUAGAGUAUAGCGAAGUGUCAGCGGAAGGGUCAGAGGGAAGCGUUUCAGGUAUCUCAGAAGAGGUGAGGAUAGUCGUGAGACAGGGACAAUCUUGUUCCGUUGAGCAGCAUCAAACUUUGAUGGAAGAUUUGCGAAAGGAGCAGGAUAAGGUGGAAUCGCUCUCACGAGAAAUGAUAGAGAAGGAUACAAUUAUUAGGAAGCAGCACGAGGUACUGAAACAAAUGGGAGUUCAGAUGAUUACUUUUACAGAGCCAACAUUUUGAACCAUAGGUUAAUUUUGUGAUAUGUCUUUAAAUUAUAGUUGUAAUCUUAUUGAAUGUGAUAUCCUGCUAGUUUUCACCGAGGCAAAGGAGCGAUAAAAAAUUAAUUCAAAUA